GCCGCGAGAUGCCGCUGCUAUCCUGAUCCUAACAUUUAUCCUAACAUUUAACUAAAAGGGAAGAUUGAAAGAAAGGAAGAAGCUUCAUGACCCCCACCAUAACUAUAUCACUGCAUGCUUACCUCAUUACAUGUACAUUGUAUCCUCUUGGGAUGUCAUUACCUAAUGCCUACAGGCGACAUCUGGAUCUGUGUAUCCACCAAACGGGACAACCCCUACCACUAACCUACCCUGGUUAGUACGGUCUACUAGCGCAGGCUCGUACCUAACUCUGGGGACGUUUUAGGUUCACCACCUAUCAACACCGAACCAUCUGACACCAUCGUCACGCAUCUCAACGGGGAUUGAGCACAUUUAAGCAAGUUUCCAACUGUUUAUCAAGCAUCAAGUAGCAUCAAGCAACUUUUUUGAAUACUUUUCUUUCUUCCUUCUUUCUCUUGUCUUUAGAUUACACAUAUUUCUUGAUAUCUAUUGUCAUAUACAACUUUCAAUUUGAUUAUUUUCCCGUCUUUGUCAUUCAAUUCCACCUCACUUCAACGAAUUGUAUCUCGUAACUGAUAGACCAACGAUCGUCAUCAUGGACCACUCGCAUAUGGAUCAUGGACACAUGGGCCACGGUGAUAUGGGGCAUGGCGAUAUGCCAAUGCCAAUGUGCAGUAUGAACAUGCUCUUCACCUGGGACACCACCAACCUGUGCAUCGUCUUCCGUCAGUGGCACGUUCGCGGUCCCACUUCCCUGAUCUUCAGCUUGCUGGCCAUCAUCGCCCUCUGCGCCGGCUACGAGGCUCUCCGUGAGGCCAUCCGACGAUACGAGCAGUCAAUUGCUACCAAGCAGGAUGCUUCCCUCAGACGGAGUGGCCAGGCCGAUGCGAUUGGGCGGCGGGCCCAUUUGGUCAAGUCUGUGCUAUACGGCGUGCAGAACUUCUAUGCGUUUAUGAUUAUGUUACUGUUUAUGACCUACAACGGCUUCGUUAUGUUAUCCGUCGCCAUCGGCGCCGGCCUCGGAUACUACUUCUUCGGUUCGCGUACGAAGGCAACUAAGGAAACGGCUUGCCAUUAAAGAGAAUGAGGUCCUGGAUUUAUCAGAAUGCGAGUUUACAAGUUAAUAAAGGGGUGUCGAAGCAAGAAGCAUGAAAUCGAUUAAGAAAGCAUGAUGAGGCUAUUGGAAAGAGGGAGACGACGUUAAGCGGUU